AUUCAUGAAACUGAAAUCGAAGGCGACAGGGCGGCUGCGCUGCCACUCUGUAAAUUGUAAAGUUUGCGACACGGGUGUCUUCUCCCCGUCGCGAUGACAGCAGAUUUUAAUGGCACUUAAAGCUCGAAAAAAGUUCUUGUCUGAGCCACCAUGAAGAGAGGACACAAGUUUAAAGCAAAGCUGCAAAGUGAAGACGAGUCCAGAAUUGUGGACGUUCACGAAGAAGUCAGAGACCCCCUGUCAGGGCUGAAUACCUCCAACGACGGGCAAAGGGGGGAGGCCGAGAAAAGCAGGCGGUCAGCAAAACAUGUUCACUUUGCCUUCCUACCUGAUAAGUAUGAGCCUUUGGAAGAAGAAGAUGAAGAAAAGGAAACACGUAAAGCGGAGAAAAAACACAAGAAGAAGAAGAAAUACAAAAAGUAUCGGAAGAAUGUUGGCAAAGCUUUGAGGUUCGGGUGGCGCUGCCUUGUGUUGGGACUUCAAGGCUUUACUGCUGGCUACUCGGCCCCCUUCACUUCGGCUUCUACUUUGAUACCCGAGAAACGUUGAACGAGCAACAGCUACCUUCCGCCUGUCUGGAGUGGCAAUUUGACGAACUAUGGAUGGAAAUAUGAAAACAAAAACCCUUGAAAUGACAAUCUUAUUAGCGGCGUUAUUGACCUCUUCUGGUUUGACAGAAUACUUGGGGUUCAGGAGGUUUGUGAAGAAGUAAAGAGCAAUGAAGAACAAAGAUGGUGAAGAGUUAAAGAAAGUGAGGGAGGAGGGCAAAGUUGGCAACUGGAAGAUGAAAAUGGAAGAUGUUAGGACUGCACGGAGAGCCACACAUGAAGAGCGUCCAACUUGAUGCUUCAUAAUUUGCACCAAACCAGGGCUUCUCAAGAGACCACCUGACCGUUUUCAUGGAGUAUCUCAAGACUAUCAUCUGCUGGAUAUAGCGCCUUUAAAUCUCAUCAGCUGUUUCUCCUGGUGAGGGCCACGGUGGCAGCAAGCCAGGCAGGUCAGCCCCGAUUUCCCCAUCCCCUUUACAGAUUCCAUCUCUUCCUGGGGAAUCCCCCAGGCAUUCCUAAGCCAGCUGAGAGAUAUAAUCCCUUCAGUUUGUCCUGGGUCUGCCAAAGGGUCUCCACCCAGUGUGGUGUGCAUGGAGCCGCACUACGGGGAGUCGCGCCCAGACCACCUCGACUGACUUGUCUCAAACCGGAGGAGCAGCGACUCAACUCUGAGGAUCUGCCAGUCGCGAAGUAUCAGCUGCCCAGCCAUCCAGUGAAGAAACCUCAUGCCUACCGCAUGUCCUGGCGAUCAGUUUAGAGUCCUCCGUUUACCUGCUUGUGUUUGGGACAGCCCAAGCAGACUCUGGGAGAUCAUGGAAACAGCCGGGUGCGAGACUCAAACCCUGGAAGCUGAAUCCAUAGGGCAGCGGCACUAACCACUGUGCCACCUUGCUACACCUAUCACUGUGUUUUGCGAGAUGGGAUGACGUCACGAUGUUCUGGAUAUGAAUGCCCACUUGCUGCCAUAAUGUUAAGACAAUUAUUUUGAAAUUUUGGUCAAUAAUGAAAUCUCCCCGGUUAUGAAAUUUUAAAAGUAGAAAAGUGUAAGAGGAAAUCCAUCCUUCAUUUCAACCCACGUUAUCCUGAAGAGGGGAGCUGGAGCCUCUCCCAGCACACAGGUCUGGAAAAAUCCUUGGAUGGGGUGCCAGUCCAUCACAGGGUGAAAACAUACACACACACACAUCAGGGGCCAAUUUAGCAUCGCCAGUCCAACCCACCUGCAUGUCUUUGGACUGUCGGAGGAUCACGGAGGACACCCACAUGGACAUGGAGAGACCCAGGAUGUGAACCCAAGUCUCCUGCAGCUUUGCCACUAGGACACCCAAGAGGAACCCCACACUCCCUGGACUAAGUUUAAUCAAAGCAGACCUUCUGCUCUCCAACUCAUGAAAUUCAGACGUUAAAUAAGAGCAUCCCCUGUGUGUGUGUGUUGGGGGGUUUGUGGGGUUUACUGGGCACCUCGCUUUACACAUCAAAUUGAGAAAUGUGUGCAGUGAUUGUUUCAAGUCCUUCUAGAGAGUUGAAUGAGGUGCUGACUCCACAGGUAAAUUUCACUUCAGAGUUUACGAAGGCACAUUCUUAAUUAUUGUCCCGAAUUUAUUGUUGAGAUGUGACAGCACAGGUCUGUGGGGACAGAACAUGUAAAAACAUUUGUGAAGGUCCAGCACUGGUGUGAAGGACAGCGGGACAGAAAGAUCCAGCAGUGAACCGUAGGGCAGCUCUACAAGCCCUUUGACGAAGAGGAUAUGGACACGAGGCGCUGGGGCGCACGUCUACAAGUCACGCCGUUCCAUUUCAGGCUAAUACUAAUCAUGGAUUUAGAAAUGCCUGACUUUAUGGAUCUUUUUAAUUUUUUUUGUUUUUCUGUAAUUGAAAUGUGAAAUAAAAUGAAGGGUUUCUUUUUCA